UAAAGAACUGAGAUCACUGCAAACUAACCUCCUUUUUUCCAUCCAGUCUCAGGCGUUUUUAAUAUCAAACACAGUCACCCCGAUUCCACUUGCACAGGAGAAAUUCGAAAUCUUAGAUCCCCUCUAACAACAAAAAAGAAAUAAUACCCCGAGAUCAACAAACAAACAACACAAAGACGGUUCAUGGCUUACGCCAAAGCUCCACCAUCUUUCAGACUGCAAAGACUAUUGCAAUUUAAUCAACAGUGAGGGGAGCUUUGUCUGACAUGUACGCUGCUUGAACCUGGGGGACCACGCACACCUAUCAAGGCCUGCAAAGAAACGAUAGGAGGAAAAAGCGACUGUCCAAACAAAAAUAAACACGGGGACGGGACGGGAGAAGAGGAAGAGAAAAGAAACCUCAAAGGAGGGGGGAAAACAGAAGAAGAGGAAGCAUACAGAAGAACAAACACGGCGACCCAACAAUGGAAUAAAUACGUAUCCAGUAUGGGAGUGAAAUAAAAGGAUAACUGUGACGCAGGGCAAGGGCUUUGGAUAUUGUGCCAACUCUGCUAUCUGGCUCCCAGUGAAAGCACCGCUGAUAAUGCUCUAACCCAAUGCACAGCAGAGAUAUGGUGCGGAAAAAGAACCCCCCUUUGAGGAGCUUCGGCGGUGAGGAGGAGGAGGGUGAGGCCCUGGCGGCCGAGGCCAGCGGGCCCGAGAGCGAAGACGCCGACGGCGGCGGACGGCCAGCCGAGCCCAGCAGCGCCGACGGAGAGCAGGGCCAGCGCGCCGACGUGCCCGUGGCGGCCGACGAGCCCGAGGAGCCGCCCGUCAAGCGCGCCUGGAGAGGAGGCGGCGGCGACAAGCCUGCUUUUCAUUACGGCGCGGGACACAAGAAGGGCGGAAGCAGCGGCGGCGGGGCCUUUCCCGGAGGAGGAGGAGGAGGAGGAGGGGAGGACGGCGAGACAGACACCCGGCUGCUGAUUCUCACGUCCCGCGCCGACAGAGCGGCGGACGCGCGCCACGGCUGCUCCGCGUCCCCCUCCCGGUUCGAGGAGGAGGAGGAGGAGGAGGAGGGGGAGGAGGCCCGCGAGCCCGGCGGCGGCGUCUGCAGGCUGCAGGAAGGCUGGCAGCGGACGGGCGGCGGGGUCAUCGUGCAGGGCUGCACCAGCAACGGGCAGGAGAGCGACUCGGCCACACACAGCCCGGAGACGGGCCACGACGACGGCGAGAUGCCCCCCCUCCGCUCAUCUCUCCACUUGCGGAGGAACAGCAACGGCACCCCCGGCCUGCCAAGGACAGAGGGCGCUUCUAGCCCACCUGGCUCGGACUCAGGCAUCCCCCCCCCAUCCUCCUCCUCCCCCAAGCUGCAGGACUUCAAGUGCAACAUCUGCGGCUACGGCUACUACGGCAACGACCCCACCGACCUGAUCAAACACUUCCGCAAGUACCACCUGGGAUUGCACAACCGGACGCGGCAGGACGCCGAGCUGGACACCAAGAUCCUGGCGCUCCACAACAUGGUGCAGUUCUCGGCCCAAAGCCAGGGCAAGGAGGCCGGCGGGCGGCUGCUGGGGCAGGCUGGGCUCAGUGGGAGUUUACCCGACCCCACCUCCCCACGGCCCUCACUACUCAACGGCACCUACGAUGUGCAGGUGACGCUUGGCGGCACCUUCAUCGGCAUCGGUAGGAAGACGCCCGACUGCCAGGGCAACACCAAGUACUUCCGCUGCAAGUUCUGCAACUUCACCUACAUGGGCAACUCUCCGGUGGAGCUGGAGCAGCACUUCCUGGCCACCCACCCCAACAAGAUGAAGAGCCCGCCGCCUCUCCCUGCGGCGGGCCACGAGGACAAGCCCCUGUCGGAGCGCAAGGGCAACUGCGUGGUGGUGCGCGGCGGCGGCCUGGUUGGGCUGGAGGAGCACGGCAAGUGGGCGGACCGGGUAGCGGUGCGCGCCGACGACGACUCGGUGGCGGGCUACUCGGUGCCCAUCCGACCCGCCGACCCGGCCUCGCCGACCAGCCGGCCACUGGAGGCCGGCAGCAUGGCCUACUACUGGUGCAAGUACUGCAGCUUCAGCUGCGAGGCGUCCAGCCACGGCCGGCUGCUGGAGCACUACGACAAGAGGCACGGCCUGCCGGCCCGAGAGGGCAGCCCGGCCGAGCGCAAGUCCUCCAGGGACGGAGCCGGCGCGGACCAGGCGUCCUCGCUCCUCCACGCCCGCAGGAAGGACAAGGGCUCCGGCGGUGGAGGUGGUGCGGGAGGUGGGGGAGGUGCGGAGCCCGACGCGGUGGUGACCAGCUACAACUGCCAGUUCUGCGACUUCCGCUACUCCAUGAACCACGGGCCCGACGUCAUCGUGGUGGCGCCGCUGCUGCGCCACUACCAGCGGGCGCACAGCAUCCACAAGUGCACCAUCAAGCACUGCCCCUUCUGCCCGCGCGGCCUCUGCAGCCCCGAGAAGCACCUGGGCGACAUCUCCUACCCCUUCGCCUGCCGCAAGAGCGCCUGCUCGCACUGCGCCCUCCUCCUGCUCCAGCUCUCCCCCGGCGGCGGCGGAGGCGGAGGAGGAGGAGGGGGAGGAGGAGGUGGUGGAGGAGGCGCCACUCCGCCGCGAGCCUCGGUCACGCACCUGUGCGACCAGUGCCCGUUCGCCACCACCGACAUCGACCUGCUGCUCAUGCACUACGACAGCGCGCACACGCCUCACGCCGCGACGGACAUCAAGCCCGAGGAGGAGGCCGGCGGCGGCGGAGGCGGAGAGCGGGGGGCCAAAGGGCAGCAGCUGUCCGAGCACUCCUGCACCAAGUGCCCCUUCUUCACCGAGGUGGAGGAGGAGAUCUUUCGCCACUACAGGAGGGUCCACGGCUGCUGCAAGUGCCGCCACUGCAGCUUCACGGCGGCGGACACGUCGGCCCUGCUGGAGCACUUCAACACGGCGCACUGCCCCGACCCGGCCCAGCCCGGCGGGCCCUCCUCCGCCACCAACGGCUGCUCGGCGCCCUCCACCCUCAGCAUCAAGGAGGAGAGCAAGGGCGACCUCAAGCUCUACAGCCUGGCGCCGCCAGAGGGCCGGCCCGCCGAGCUGGGCCACGGCACCGACGCCGGCGUCAAGAGCGAGGCCCCCGACGAGAAGGAGACGCUGCUCCGCGAGCGAGGCGGCGGCGGAGGAGGAGGAGGAGGAGGAGGAGCGUCCGGCGGAGGGGAGAAAGGCUGGGCGGAGGCGCUGGCGAGAGCCGGGGCAGCGGCGGCAGCAGCAGCGGCAGCGGUGGUCAGCGCCGGGGAGCAGGUGCAGAGCCUGGUGUGGGUGCCCAAGGAGCGCGCGCGGGAGAUCCUGCGCGGCAGCCCCUCGCAGCUCCCCCAGGGGGCGCUAGGCCUGCUCAACGCCGUGGCGCAGCAGCAGCAGCUCCAGCACGAGCAGCAGCAGAAGGCGGCGGCGGCGGCGGCCGUGCUCAGGGACUCGCCGGGGCUGGUGUUCAGCCUGAGCGCGGACGCUAAGGGCUUCCUGCAGUCCCAGACCCCACCAGGAGGAGGCGGCGACAAGGGCGGAGGUCACGUGACCCAGCAGUACUCCAGCGGCGGCACCACCGACGUCAAGGGCUCCAAGGAGGAGUCGCAGUCACUUCUACGGAGGCGGCGAGGCUCCGGCGUGUUCUGUGCCAACUGUCUGACCACCAAGACCUCUCUGUGGAGGAAGAACGCCAACGGGGGCUACGUGUGCAACGCGUGUGGCCUCUAUCAGAAGCUGCACUCGACCCCCAGGCCCCUGAACAUCAUCAAGCAGAACAACGGCGAGCAGAUCAUCCGCCGGCGCACGCGCAAGCGCCUCAACCCCGACACGCUGCCGUCCGAGUCGGUGGGGCCCAAGCAGCAGCGCGGCGGUAACGGCGGCCUCGGCAGCGAGGAGCGGCUCAACGGCAGCCCUCUGGAGCGCCGGCCGGACGACCCGCUGACCCCGCAGGGCCCCGACAGCAACCCGCCUUCCGCCGCGUCGCUACGCGCCGACCUCGCGCACGGCCCGCUCGGCAAGUACGAGGGCUACGGCUCGCCGGCCUCCGCCGCCGCCGUCACCGUCAAGGGCCACCCGAGCCCGCGCUCCACCCACGCCUUCCUGGUCAACCAGACGCUGGAGAUCCAGAAGCGCAUGCCGCCGCUGCACCUCCACAAGAGCCCGCCGGACGCCGAGGUCAACAACGGCCUCUCCGCGCCCGGCUCGGACGGCGGAAGCGGCGGUGGCGGCAAAGGCGGCUCGGAGCGCGGCAGCCCCAUCGAAAAGUACAUGCGGCCGUCCAAGCAGGCCAGCUACUCUCCUCCUGGGAGCCCCAUCGAGAAGUACCAGUACCCCUUCUUCAGCCUGCCCUUCCUGCACAGCGACCUGCAGAGCGAGACCGACUGGCUGCGCUUCUGGACUAAGUACAAGAUGUCCGUGCCGGGCAACCCGCACUACCUGGGCGCCGUGCCCGGCCUGCCCAACCCGUGCCAAAGCUUCGUGCCUUACGCCCCCUUCGGGCUCCCGCCUCACUUCCCUCCCCCGCCACCUCCGUCCUCCGUGGGCCCGGAGAGCGACGCCCCGCUCGACCUGGCCAUCAAGCAUUCCAAGCCCAGCCCCUCCGUGACGCCUAACGGCGCCGCCUCGGGAACCGCCGCGAUGCCCCUCGGGCUCGCCACGCCGCCCGCCAUCGUCAUCGAGAGGAGCAACUCGGAAAAGCGCUCCUCGCCCGCCACCACGAUCGAGAAAGACCGCGAGCAGCAAAAGCAGCAGCAGCAGCAGCAGCAGCUCAAGGCGACGGCCAACGACGUGGACGAGGGCUCGGCGAGGGCCCGGUCACCGCAGGCGCUCUCUCAGCCGCAGCGCGCCAAGCCGGAGACGGCGGAGCAGGGAACGCAGGACGAGCUGUCCAGCAGGUGCGCGCGCUGCGGCAUCCUCUUCCUGGACGAGGUGAUGUACGCGCUGCACAUGAGCUGCCACGGCGACGGCGGGCCCUUCCAGUGCAGCAUCUGCCUGCACGCCUGCGCCGACAAAUACGACUUCACCACGCACAUCCAGAGGGGCCUGCACCGGCCGGCCAGCGAGCCGCCCUCCGCCGCCUCCACCCCGACCCCCACCCCGUCCAGGACCCGGACCCCGACCCCCACCCCAGCCCCAGCCCCGGCACCAGCCCCGGCACCAGGCGACAGCCCCCCACAAGAGUGA